UUGGGCGGGGCCUUCGCCCCGGGGCGGGGCCUGUGAGUCCUUGCACAGCUCCCGGCUUACAAAAGCGUACUAGGGUCUGAGUGGCAAGCAGCUAGCUGCAGCCAAGGCACUGGAGACACCAACCUCAGAGACAAAAAUUGUCUACAACCCGUGGAUGGUACCAUGUCCCUUGAUAUGAAAGAGUACCCUGAUGCUGAGGUACAAAAGAACCGAGUACUAACCCUGGAAGACUGGCAAGACAAGUGGGUGACCCGUCACAUCUCAUUCCAUCAGGAGCAAGGGCAUCAGCUAUUAAAGAAGCAUUUGGAUACAUUUCUUAAAGGCCAGAGUGGACUGCGAGUGUUUUUCCCCCUCUGUGGAAAAGCUGUUGAGAUGAAAUGGUUCGCAGACCGGGGACACACUGUAGUCGGUGUGGAAAUCAGUGAAAUUGGGAUUCGGGAAUUUUUUGCAGAACAGAAUCUUUCCUACACAGAAGAACCACUUGCCGAAAUUGCUGGAGCCAAAGUAUUUAAGAGUUCUUCAGGGAGCAUUUCCUUAUACUGCUGCAGCAUUUUUGAUCUUCCCAGAGCAAACAUCGGCAAGUUUGACAGGAUUUGGGAUAGAGGAGCAUUAGUGGCUAUCAAUCCAGGCGAUCAUGAUCGCUAUGCAGAUAUAAUACUGUCCCUACUGAGAAAAGAGUUUCAGUACCUUGUGGCUGUCCUUUCUUAUGAUCCAACAAAACACGCAGGCCCACCAUUUUAUGUUCCAUAUGCUGAACUUAAAAGGUUAUUUGGUACAAAAUGCAGCAUGCAAUGCCUUGAAGAGGUAGAUGCUUUGGAAGAAAUGCAUAAAGCCUGGGGACUUGACUACCUUUUUGAAAAAUUGUAUCUCCUUACAGAGAAGUAAAAAAAACCAGCCUGGUAGUGGAGCACACCUUUUAUCUCAUCAGGCUAGCCUGGUCUACCAGUGAGUUCCAAGACAGCCAGAGAGACCCUAUCUGGAAAAACCAAAUAGAAAACCAACCAACCAAACAAACAAAAGACACCCAAUCAAUCCCUGUAUGAAUUUUUUGAACAAUUAAAAAUUAUGUUGAGGGUUAAUGUCUUAGCCAUGGUUUCUGUUCCUGCACAAAACAUCAUAACCAAGAAGAAAGUUGUCACACAGCAGCUUCACACCAGAGUCUUCUAGAAUGUUCUCUGAAACGUUUAGGCAACUCAGGUUCUGACUGUUCCUGAGGAUAUCAGCCAGGUCCUAGCAGCCUCCAGUGAUGAGACAGGCUCUCACCCUUAGUGACACAAGUGCGCUGUCUGAGCCAUACACUCGCUGGCUGCUUCUCCAUGUCCUUGUCAUGCAGCUCCGACUCCUGUUUGGUGACAUCCCAUCCCAUCCCCUCUAAGCUGUCAGUGCUAAGUGGUUUUGCAGGUUGGGAUGGGAUAUCCUGCGUGGGAGCUGAGGGACUGGGCUGCUCUCUGGAGAUCAGCCCAGCUAGGCUUGCUGUCUUCAGUUGCUUCACAUCUUGAGAGCAGAAGUAGAAGAUGUGGGAGAAUUUGCUCUGGAACGCCAGGCCUUCUGACCAGACAGGGGUUCAAUUUUUCAACAUAAUAGUCUUGCCGAUUCCAGCCCACGUGUGGCUUCUUUUCAGUUCCCUUUGGUACAAGAAGGUUCUCAAGAUGAUCAUAUUCAUCCUGGAAGAAAUUCUGAAUACUGAUGUUGAACUUUCUAGAACAAUCAUGGGUCAGCUUCUCCUUUAAAUGAGCUCGAUAUAUUGUUGAGUGUGCAGCAAUCUCUCCUGUUGCCCUCUCUCUCGCUCUCUCUCUUUUAAUUUUUUUUUAAAGUAUAUGAGUACACACUGUAGCUGUACAGAUAGUUGUGAGCCUUCAUCUGGUUGUUGGGAAUUGAAUUUAGGACCUCUGCUCACUCCACUCAGCCCCCUUGCUCAGGCCCAAAGAUUUAUUAUUAUAAAUAACUACACUAUAAGCUGUCUUCAGACAGCACCAGAAGAGGGCAUCAGAUCUCAUUACAUGUGGUUGUGAGCCACCAUGUGGUUGCUGGGAUUUGAACUCGGGACCUUCAGAAGAGCAGUCAGUGCUCUUACUUGCUGAGCCAUCUCUCCAGUCCCCUGUUGCCCUCUCAGUAAGAUCCUUCCCAUUGGUCUUCUGAAGGAUGAGGGUCUUAUAACCCACACCCACAGUGACAUGCCUACUCCGACAAGGCCACACCUUCUAAUAGUGCCACUCCCUUGGCUGAGCAUAUACAAACCAUCACAGUUAAAAAUACAAUCACUUAAUUUUUCUUCUCAUGCAACAUUCAGAUCUUUGCUCACUACUUUUUAAAAAUGAAAUCACACACUAAAAUGUUAUAAGUCAAUCAAUCCUUUAAAGAUUGUAUGACUAGUAGCAGAACAUUAAGUACUCAUGUGUCUUUUUAAUAGUCAGCUUGCAUUUCUUCUAUAACUAAAAAAACAAAAACAAAAAAUAAUGCUUUUAACUUUAAACAACACAUUCUGUAUGGAAAUAUAACAUUUUAACAGGAUUUGGGAUAGUCUAAAUUUUGUAUUAAACAUUAUACUUUGCUAUAGAUCUUAAUCUACUUAGGACCCGGAACUACAUCUUCACCGGCUUCUCCACUUGUAUAAUUCUAUAUGUGACAGAAUCAAGAAAUGUAAAAAAAAAAAAAAAAAAAAAAAAA